GGUCAUUGCCACUAUGAUGAAAAUAAAUGCCUACGCUUGUCUUCUCUUUGCUUUGAGUUCAGUGGAGAUGAAAAGCCUGAACAUCGAAGGUCGUGUUGGGCAAGAUCUGACCUUCAGAUGCUCCAACUGGGAUGUUUUUUUUAGCAUAAAAGAGAAUGAGAAGUAUCUGUGUGUGGAUCCUUGCUCACAACGUAAUCAUGUCAUCACCAGAGCAGGAUUUAAGAAGACCUCACAAAAUAAACGAAUUGAGUUAUUAAACAAUGGUGAUGUGUUAUAUGUGACCUUCACUAGCCUUCAGAAGUCAGAUGCUGGAAAAUAUUAUUGUGGAGCAGAGAGAACAAUUAAGGAUGCAUACAUAGAGGUGAAUCUUAAAGUCAUAGAUGUUCCAGCUCAGCCGUCCAAUACCAAGGCGCCUUCAAGAACAACAACCACUGUUGCUGUACCAAGCAGCCCUUUUACAUUUUCAUAUGGCUCAGAUAUUUUCAGCAGCACGUCGUCAGCCAACACAACCCUCAGUACCACAACACCAGCUGCAUCAGCAGCACAACAAGGGCGUGUAUCACACCUGAUAGCUGGUGUCACUGUCAUAAUAACACUCUUGAUGCUCCUGCUACUGCUCAUGAGAACAAUGAAAAAGAAAAAACAAAAGGUUGUGUCAAGAGCUCAUUUGCCACAAGAGGAAGUACGGGAGGAAGUUGAGUAUGAUGAAAUUAGAGAUGAAGACCGGCAAUCACUGAGACAGCCUGAAGGCCUGUCUACCGUCUUCUUCUCUGCAGAGCCAGACAGUGUCUACGCUAAUACUUCCUCCCUCCAAGACACUGAACAUGUAGCUCAGUGUGACUCUGACUAUUCAAACAGCACUGCCCUUAGAGCAGCCAGCUCCAGCGUCAACCCAAGACAGGGAUGUUCUGGCAGCAAAGUUUCAGAUCAUCCAUGUGAUGUUUUAUACUCAGUUGUUCAACCUCCUAAAAAGAAAGUGAGACCCACAGGGAAAGUGAAACUAAAUCAGCCACAAAUCAAUGACAAUGACUCUUUUUAUUCCCUGGUUCAGCUAACAGGAGCAACUUAAGUGUUAGAUUGACAAAAAAGGAUUUUUUUCUACUAUACUGAAUAGUGUUUUAAAUAGAGGGAAGUUGUAUUUCUUUGAUAGUAAGGAGCAUUUAAUACUCAGGCACUUAAGAUGUAUAUAUUACUGAUAAACUCAAGCAUUUGAACAUGUUCCUUCUCGAGGCAAAAGCUGCCUUAAAACCAGUAUGUUAAAGCUAAAGAAUAACUCAAAACUCUUCAUCAUGCCACUUUUUACAGAGUAUUUUUUAAUCUAUUUUACCCUUAUUGUGUUAGGAUAGGUGAAGAAAGACACACAUUUUCAGGUCAGUAAUUAAGUCUGAAGAAGUCUUUACCUUAACGUCUUUACUAGAAGGCACUAAAUGCCGUUUUUAAUGAGUAACUAAACCCAGGACAGUUUUUGCUGUGGUGCAUCUACCCUGUAAUAAAAAAAAAAAUCCUUCAGAACAUCAUGGACAGGGCUUGGAGAGAGCUUGGAAUAAGAGGCAGGGAUAAGACACGCCCACUGCCUCCUUACUCCCUCGUCUUUUCCUGCAGAACUUCUAGUGAGUUCGAGAGAUGGUUUUAUGAAAAAAGAUUAUUCAAAUAAAGAAACCAUGACAUCUGGUCAAGUAGAACACACAAGCUAGUAUAUUAUGGACCACAUGGUUUAUUCGCAAUCUUGGUCAACAGUGCUACAUAACCCAUUAUCCUAGAGUGUCACAUUGGCAUCGAUGACUGAGCAGCUGUAUGCAAGCCUCACAUCACCAAGUCCAAAGCCAGGCAUCAGAUGGAGUAGUGUAAAACUGGACUAUGGAGCAGUGGAAACAUGCUCUGUGGAAUGACAAAUCAAGCUUCUCUGCUUGCGAGUCAGAUUGGCAAGUCAGUGACUGUGCACAGAGCAAGAACUAUAAAGACAAGGUUUGAUGAGUUUGGUGAGGGAAAGCUUACUGACCUGCACACAGUCCUGACCUCAACCCCAUCAAGCAACUUUGGAAUGAACUGGAACAGAGAUUGUGAGCCAGGCCUUCUCAUCCAACAUCAGUGUCUCACAUCAUAAAUGCUCUACAGAAUGAAUGGGCACAAGUUUCCAUAGAAACACCCAAAAAUCUUUUAUAAAGGCUUCCAGACGAAAGUAGGCUGUUAUAGCUGCAAAUGGGGGGCACAUUUUAGAGUACAUGUAUUUGAAUACAAUGCUUUUACAGUACCUGUUUUGUCCAUACAGCAUAUGCUAAGUCAUUCAGCACUGAACCAACAAUUUUUCCAUAAAAUUCUGCAGUCUGUUUAUUUUUUUUAAUGUUACCAUUUGCAACAAGUGAUAACAGACAAGGUUUAAACAGAUUCAAUAAAACCUAAAGUACUUGUACUGAGUCGUCUUCUCACUUGAACUUGGUAUGUCAAAUGUCAUUAUCUAUUUAUGUGCACUUCCUUAAUUUAAUAUGUGUGAGGCUACUUUUGCUUCUGCUCACACUUACACAAACACACAAAGAGAGAGUGCUAACAUAUUGACAGCAAUACUUGAGGGUGAGUCAUGCUGUUGUUUAGGUUAACAGGAUGUUAAUGCUGUGUACAAGUACUGGUUGUGGUUGAGAAAAAGGCUUUGAAUAUAUCACGUGUGAAAUAUCAGCAAUGAAGGCGCUUUCUUCAACAUCAAAAUAUUCUAAGGAAGAAUUACUUCCUUGCUUCUUCAAAGUGCCAUUAUGAAGCCAACAGCCCUUUUAAUUCACAACUUUGUUUGCAACCUUAAGUCUAAAGAUUUGUAUUAGGGCUGUCAAGUAUUAGGAUGAAUGCAACUCAGACAAGAUUUUGUGUGGUUUUAAUCCAUCCCAAUUAUGUUAUUUUAAAAAUUCCACUCCUUUGCAAUGAAUGCUGUUUUUGUUUCUUUUCAGAUUUUCGCACCAUCUUAAGCUAAAGGCUAGUUGACUUCCUGUUGUGAAACAGACCUGCUUUAAUUUCUAAAGAAAAUAGUAAACCUUAGGUAGAUCGGUGAUAAUCACACAAACUUAAUCACAGAAAAAAGGGCUUGUUAUGGAUUGAAAAUCUAAAAAAGGUAACAUUAAAAAGGUAGAUGUUAGGUAACACAAGGUGUAAAUUGCUUUUGACUUGAUCAUGGACCUCGAUAAUCUUGAUGAAUGUACAGAUGCUGAAAGCCCUUGUUUGUGUCUGUCUACAACUAUUAAAUUCAUGUCUGUAUCAUGUUAAAUUCUGUUUCUGUUUAUAUUAU